GGAGGCCCGCCGCCCGUCCCGACCGCGGACGCUAGAAGGUGGGGUGCUCAUCAUCUGCGUGAGACUUCUGAGACUGCGGCCAGAGCCCCGCCGCCCGUCCCGACCUCUGAAGCGGGAAGGCGGGCUGAUGCCCGUCAUCUGCGUGCGACUUCCGAGACUGCGGCUGGAGGCCUGCCGCCCGUCCCGACCCCGGACGCUAGAAGAUGGGAUGCUCUUCAUCUGUGUACAACUACUGGGGCGACGGUUGGAGCCCCGUCUCGUGUUUCCCCACCUACCUCUGAGACGGGAGUUUGUGGGUCAGUAAAAACCUCUUAUUCAACAGCACUGCCAACUGAACUGAUCGACAUGACGCCGUUCUCUGCAAGCGAGUACGACCUUAUGUCACCCACCUGCUCUACUUCGAGGGCUUCAGUCCAGGAUGCAGGGGACCAUGGCACAUGGACUUUUCCUGAGCACUUGAUGUGCAAUCAAACAGAGAUCACGGCUCCCGAGAACCACCAUUUGGAGGAGAACGAAUACGGAGAACAGGGAGCUGAGUCUGAUGUCAGCGACGGUGUUGAGGUGGCUCCGCCCCAGCACAGUUCUCAGUCGCGUACAUCUCAGUCGGCGAGGAACGGCGCAUCGUGCGGCGAAGUGCGGAAAAAAAAUGUUUGCAUAUAUUGCAAGCAAAAGAGAAAUCUGAUAUGGCGCCAUAUCAAGACGGUCCACCGUGACGAGAAGGAAGUCAAGGAUAUACAGGAGUGUGAUUCUGAGCAGGAACGAAAAAUGAAAAUCACCGUGAUGAUCAACAAAGGCAACAUGGAGCACAACAAACUCGUCCUACAAAGGGGUGAAGGUGACAUGAUCUUGGGAAGGAAGUCGGACCAGGCGUCCGUGGACGACUACGUGCCAUGUCCUUACUGCUAUCUUUUUGUGGUUAAAACCAACAUGAUGCAGCACAUAAAACAUCACUGUGUGGCUCGCAAAACAGAAUGCCCAGACAUUCCCACGGUGCUGGCAGAGAGCCGGACGCUCCUGAGUGACGGCCAAGAAGAAAAUACUGGGUAUCACAAGGACAUAUUGUCUCGUAUGCACGACGAUGCAGUUACGAAGACCAUAAAGAACGAUGAACUCCUGAAGAAGUGGGGUGCCAACUUGCACGCGAAACUUGGAAGGUCGGGUUUUGCGCAGAUAAGCCAGCGCCUAAGGAUGAUGGGCGAAGUUGUCCAAGCAGCCGGAAAGAGCAUGCAAGAGCUGAUCAAUGGCGAAGGAUUUGAUACGGUUGUAAGUGCCACCAAAUCCGUCUGUGGGUUUGAGCAGGACAAGCUAAACGCCCACACGGGGCUGCCCACAUACAAAACUCCUUCAAAGGCCAUGCGGAUUGGAGGCGAACUACGACAGCUGGCUGCUCUCAAGAAGGGCAUUGCGCUGAUCAAGAAAGAAGAAAGCGAAGUGAAAGAUGCUGAGGCGUUCUUGUAUCACGUGGACCAAUUCUGGAAUGUGAAGAUCAGCAGCGUAGCGCUGAAGAACCGCGAGUCGAACAAGUAUGACAAGAAAGACAUGCUGCCCUUUACCAGCGAUUUGAAGCUUUUCACCGAAAAAAUGAAGGAACGAGUGAAAGAAAUGACAGAAAAGGGAAUACAUGGCAUGACAGACUAUGCAAGGCUGAGCAAAGCGGUUCUCGCCCGUUUGCUAGUAUUCAACAAACGCCGUCCUAAGGAGCUUAGCAGCAUCCUGCUGCAAUCAUGGAUCAACCGAGAGAUGUACAAACAAGAGACGGUAGAAGAAGUGAACAAGUCAAUGGGUGAAACAGAAAAGAAGUUGUUCAACGAGCUCGACGUCGUCAUGUCCCGCGGCAAGUGCGGGAACAAGGUCCCCACCCUGAUACCGAGCGACUGCGCGGCUCCGCUGCAGCUACUGGUAGACAACCGGGAGACGUACAUUGACAAGGAUAACAAGUAUCUGUUCGCAAACCCUCUGGCGAGGACUACAGGACACUACAACGCAGGCGUGGUGCUUAAAGAGCAGUUGUCGGACAUGGCACUAAACAGGGCAGAUCUCUUCCAUGCAACAAAACUACGGAAAUAUUGUGCUACAACGUCCCAGAUUCUAGAGAUGGGUGAAUUCGAUAUGGAGGUGCUCACCCGGCACAUGGGACAUGACAAAGACGUGCAUCGUGGGUACUACAGACUGUCAGACGCUACUCACGAACUGACGCGUGCCUCCAUCCUGAUGAUGAAGCUGGACGAAGGAUGCCUCUCAAAAUAUAGCGGACGGAGCCUGGAGGAGAUGCUCACUGAAGAGGACUUCGACGAGCCAGGCUCUGAAAAUGAGGGCGGUCCGGCUGAUGAUCGCCAAGAGGACGAUGAAGGAGGUGAGGCGCAUUCACUACAUCUAUAGUGUGUUCCAUGUCAAGCUUGCGGCUGAAGUGCUCUGUUGAAGGCAGUGCGUGAUUUCUGUGCAUACAUCUUACAUUCUAAGACUCAAAUUAUUGAAUGGAGUAGCGCGCUCAGCGAAUUGCCUGGAACUGCCAAGGGGACUCCGACCGCAAGCUUGAUAUGGAACAGACUAUAGUCCGGCCUGAAGUUUUAUAGUGGGAGGGCAAUUGCAUAGGUGAGUUCAUAUGCAUUUAUUGAAGCACUGCGAUCGAUGCAGGAU